AUGUCUGACAAGCCGAUUUUUGUGGCCACGCAUCCGAGAGCAUGCUCCACGGCCUUUGAGCGAGUCUUCAUGACUCAGCGAGACACCAUUCAGUGUGUCCAUGAGCCGUUUGGCGAUGCGUUCUACUACGGGCCGGAGCGCCUCUCCAGCCGAUUCGCAGACGAUGAACAAGCACGUCUGGAUAGUGGAUUCGCCAAUUCGACUUAUAGCACUGUGAUGGAUAGACUGGAGCGUGAAGCUACUCAGGGAAAGAGGAUAUUCAUCAAGGACAUCGACCACUACUUGCUUCCACCGAAUGGCAUGCCCGCAAGCCCUGCCCCAUCUCUACUGCGCCUCAAGCGCGGUGUCGGAACCAAUCGUGCCAAUGGCUACUUACCCCAGGCCAACGGUGCGAACGGUGUCAACAGUGCCAACGGUACCGCGCACACCAACGGCCAUUCCGGCACCCCGAACGGCCACACCAACGAGGUCAACGGGAUCUCGAACGGCAUGGCCAACGGCACGAACGGUCAUCAUGAGACCAACGGCUAUACCAACGGGCACACCAAUGGCUAUAGUAAUGGUACCACUAACGGUCACACCAACGGAGUCCACAAGGAACCCUACCCGUACGACACAGCCCCAGAGCCCGGCAACCCAACCGUCAUGCCUCGCGAGCUGCAAGAGCAGUUCCACUGGGCCUUCCUAAUCCGCGACCCGCACUACAGCGUGCCGUCGUACCUGCGGUGCACAAUUCCACCUCUGGACGACGUGACCGGGUUCCACAACUACGACCCGCUGGAAGCUGGGUACGACGAGCUGCGUAGGCACUUUGAUUUCCUGCGCGAAACCGGUCUUGUCGGCCCGCGUGUAGCGACGCGCCCGGAGCUGGAUGCCGGGAACGGUGACCAGGCGACUGCUGACAGCACUGGCGUUGAGGUUUGUGUCAUUGACGCGGAUGACAUGCUGGAUGAGCCGGCGAAGACUAUUGAGGCUUUCUGUAACAGUGUUGGUCUGCGGUACAACCCGGAAAUGCUGACGUGGGAUACCGAGGAGGACCAUGCGGUUGCGAGGAAUGCAUUUGAGAAAUGGCGCGGGUUCCAUAAUGAUGCUAUUGAGUCGAAGGCGCUGGUGCAGAGGCAGCAUAAACGUGCUGUCAAGACUGAGGAAGAAUUCGAUGCUGAGUGGCGGAAGAAGUAUGGCGAGAAGAAGGCUGCUCUGAUCCGGCAGACAGUUGAUCGCAACAUGGCCGACUACUUGUACCUCAAGUCAUUCGCCGUGAAGAUCUAG